GUUCAUUAUUUGGAAGCCGGAAUGGGGUCCAAAGCGAGAUAGAUUGGAACUCCUUUCUUACUUUUACCUUCCAUCAUAUCGAGUGGAUCUCAAGAGAAUAUCCCACGACAACACACUCAACCACAUUGCCAAGGAUGGCAACUCGCUCCACGAAACCUGAAGGAGAAGCUUCGGCUACUACUUUGAGAAGAUUGAUGAAGGAGUAUCAAACAGAACAAAAGAUUCAAGAUCAACAAUCUGCCUCUUCCGGUUCAGGGUCGGGUAAUGCAAAGGCAACUUCUGCCGCUGCUAGUAGAGAUGAAAAUAUACUGUACUUGGCACCAAAAGAUACAGAAGGAACGCAGUUGCUAGAAUGGCAAGCAACCAUACGUGGACCACCAGGAGGAUCAUAUGAAGGCGGAAUAUUCGACCUCGUCAUCACAGUACCAGCAUCAUAUCCGACUAAGCCACCCUCGAUGCGAUUUGUCACACGACUUUGGCACCCAAACGUUUCUUGGAAGACUGGAGAAAUUUGCUUAGACGUUCUCAGCUCGCAAUGGUCACCCGCUUGGAAUUUAUCCUCCGCUUUGACCGCUGUUAUCGCAUUGUUAGAUGCACCUGAGCCAGACAGUCCUCUCAAUGUUGAUGCAGCUACGGUAUUUCGAACUGGUGAUCCAUUAGCAUACAAGUCAAUGUGUCGAAUGUAUACAUUAUUAUGGGCAAGUGGUCCGGCAGCUUAGACAUAUAUACACACUGUACAUCACACAAUUUAUCACAAACAUCAACAUUCAAUGUAUAAUAUCAAUCUAUGAAGACGUAAUCAUCAUCACACGUUUGCUC